AUGGCACCAUCAUCAUCAUCAUCGUUGGAUUUGCAUUAUGAACGACCCAAAUGGUAUCGUUUAGCAAUUUAUGAUACUUUAUUAUGGCUAUUAUCAGUUAUCUUUGAUUGUUUUUUCCGAGAAAUUCGACCAAGAGGAGCAUUUAAAAUUCCUCGUGAAGGUCCAGUCAUCUUUGUGGCAGCUCCUCAUCAUAAUCAAUUCGUUGAUCCUGUACUUUUAAUGAAUCAAAUCAAAAAAGAGGCCAAUAGAAGAAUUUCGUUUUUAAUUGCUGCCAAGUCUUAUAAGUUAAAAGCAGUGGGGACAAUGGCCAAAUGUCAAUUGUCAAUUCCUGUUGUGAGACCACAAGAUUGUUUAGUUAAAGGAACGGGGAAAAUUUUUGUUGAUUUCGAUAAGGAUCCCUUGAGAGUCACUGGUAAAGACACAAAAUUCACCAAAGAAUGUAUGGUCAAAGGUUUAAUUGCAUUACCACAGUCAUUGGGUGCUUCUGAAAUUGUGGAAAUAAUCUCCGAUACCGAAUUAGUCAUUCGUAAAGAAUUCAAAUCUCUGGAUAAAGUUAAAGUUUUAUUAACCAACGGUACUGCUUAUAAACGAGCAGACAAAAUUGACCAAAAACAGGUUUAUCAAAUGGUAUUUGAUCAUUUGUUAGAUGAUGGAUGUAUUGGUAUUUUCCCAGAAGGUGGUUCUCAUGAUCGUCCUGAUUUAUUGCCAUUAAAGGCUGGUGUUGCCGUAAUGGCACUUGGUGCCAUGGAUAAAAAUCCUGGUUGUAACAUUAAAAUUGUCCCUUGUGGUAUGAAUUAUUUCAAUGCUCACAAGUUUAGAUCUAGAGCAGUUGUGGAAUUUGGUGAUCCAAUUGAGAUCCCUAAGGAAUUGGUGAAAAAAUACGCCAACCCAGAAACUAACCGUGAAGCUGUUAAAGAAUUAUUAGAUACAAUCACCACUGGGUUGAAAGCUGUUACUGUUACUUGUGAAGACUAUGAAACUUUGAUGUUAAUUCAUGCCGUUAGAAGAUUAUACGCUGGGAACUUUGCUCAACAAUUACCCUUGCCAUUAAUUGUGGAAAUGAAUAGAAGAUUGGUAAUUGGAUAUCAACAUUUCAAAAAUGUCCCUAAAGUUCAAGAAAUCAAAGAAAAAGUAUUACAUUAUAAUGAUUUUCUUAAAACUUUGUAUUUACCAGAUCAUGACGUUGAAAGUUGCAACGACGAAGCUCAUAAAAUUACAUUGAUCCCAAUAUUUUUCUUCAGAGUUUUCAAAUUAUUAAUUUUAUUCAUUUUAGCAUUACCAGGGGCUACUUUAUUCUCACCCGUGUUUUUGUCUACCAAAAUAAUCUCGAAAAAGAAAGCCAAAGAGGCAUUAGCAAACUCAGUUGUCAAGAUCCAGGCUAAUGAUGUUAUUGCCACUUGGAAGAUUCUAGUUUCAAUGGGUAUUGCCCCCAUAGUUUAUUCUUUUUACGCCAGUGUUGGUACUUAUUACUGUUCAACUCAUGACUAUUUUCUGCAUUGGAAAUUAUUUUGGGUAUGGAUUUUUUUGUAUAGUUGUGGUGUAUUGGUCACCUAUUCUGCAUUAAUUACUGGUGAACAAGGUAUGGAUUUGUUCAAAUCUAUCCGUCCAUUAUACUUAUCAAUUACAUCUGGUUCGUCUAUAAAAGAAUUGAAAAAAAUGAGACACGAAUUGAGUGAGGAAAUUACUGAGUUAGUCAAUCACUAUGGUCCACAAUUAUUCCCUAAUGAUUUCAAUUUGUUAGAUUUGCAAAAAUCAUUGAACAUAAAUGGUGAUGUUGUUUACGCUGAUAGUGACGAAGAAGAAGAUAUGAAAACUGAAGAGUUGCGUAACAGAAGAAUUGCCAGACGUAAAGCUGAAAAGAAAAAGAAGCAGACUCAAGAAAAUGAAGAUACCCAAGAACUUCAAAGUUCUGAUAUGAAACACUCUUCAUCUAUGAGUGAUGGUAUUUCCUUGUUGAAUUCCGAUAAUUCAUUAACUAAUUUACCAAUGUUUUCCGAUUAUGUCUUGCACAAAAAUGCCAAGAAUCCUGAUCUACAAUUGGACCCACAAUCCCAUUAUGGUUCAAGAGUGAAUUCGAAUCUCAACUCUAGUGCCAAUUCUUCAGUUUCUAUUUAUGAUGAUUAUCGAUUUGCAUCACAAUCAGAACAUGGCGGCACUGCAUCACCUGUAAGAUAUUCAAGACUCCCUCAUUUACCUGAAACAUCAUCUUCAGAUCAUAUGGAAUUGAAUUUUGCUUCAAAACCUGAAGGGCAGAAAAUGCGUUUGAGAGAUAGAAUUAAAACCAAACUUCGGGAAAAUAGAAAAGAAAAUUAA